GUUCAACGUGAACCACGACCAUCCACCGCGUCGCGCAUCACAUCGACCCCAUCAUGCCUCCGACGCGUACGGCCCGCCAGACCACCCAGCGCGAAAACCCCCAAUCACGCGACGACGAGGGCGACACUGAGCCCGAGGAGGACGUGCCUACCCCACGACCGACGCUCCGAACGAUGUCGAAGAAACGCCUCAGCGACGUCUACGUCCUCGAACAUGAAGACAGUUUCACCUCUGAUCCUGGACGCGCGCCACUGCAGUCCGUGAACAUCAACGACGAUAUGGCAGAGAAACGCAGGCGACGCAAGUCCGCGAAGGUAGCCACGGCCGUCCAAAUCACCGAUUCGGCCGAGGCGGGGCCCUCGUCCACUGGCGCGAACGGUGAACAUGGUGGCGCAGAGGGGUCUACAACUGCAGCUGCGCAAGCCAGACAGAAACAACAGCUUCUGUCUGUCGCGCAAGCGCCGAUCAUCAACGUCCCCCUUGACGUGAUGAGCUCGAAUUUCGAGGAAUGGAUGAAGAUGGCUACAGACAAUAAAAUCAAUGCCGCCAACUCCUGGAACUUCGCGCUGAUCGACUACUUCCACGACAUGUCUUUGCUGCGCAACAACACGGAUAACUCGAUCAACUUUCAGCGGGCAUCCUGUACGCUCGACGGAUGCGUGAAGAUCUGGACGAGCCGUGUAGACAGCGUUGGUACCGAGACGGGAAAGCUUCUUAGCAAUCUUGCCAAUGAAGGCCGCCCGGACGACGACGACGAUGCAGCAUUAGACAAUCCCGACGGUCAAGAACCCGGACAGAGUCAGCGUAAGCGCAAGGCUCACCGUCCGGAAUCCACACUUGCAAAGAAUCUUACUCAGCUUCGGAGCAAGAAGCUAGACCUGGAGUUCACUGUUGACCCCCUCUUCCGAAAGACAUGUGCGGAUUUCGACGAGGGUGGUGCUCAGGGCUUAUUGAUGAACCAUCUCAGUUUGGGCGAGGGUGCUCAGGGUAGUCUGCGUGUGGUCUUUGACGCAAGUGAUGCAAUGGGUGCAGGCGAUGAAGACGACCCGCUCAUGGAGCCUGAAGACUUGGUUGACCUGAGCUAUCUCCGGAAGCAGUUCCUGCCCGAUCUGGAUGCGCUCGACGACAUGGCAAUAUGUCAUUCUCUGGAGGGCUUUUCAUUCUCCAAGGAUAACUUCUCGUUUGACGACGCAACACUCUUCCGCGAUCAGACCCCUAACUACGACGACGGCGCCGAUGACGAUGAACCAUACGCGUUCGAAGGCGACAAUCCCCAAGAUAAUGGGGCACCCAUGGAAGUCGACGGUGAUCAAAAUGGGCCGCCGGUGGAGGACUUUUUCAUGGGCGACCAAGCAGUCGCGGAAGACUACGCUCCCGGCGAUUUUGCCCCUGGAGAUGACAUGGAGCCUGACUCACAACCAGAUGGACCAGACGGUGCCUCGGGAGAGCGCGCUCAUACCGGCGCGUUCGUACCUUUUGAUCCUCGUCGACCGCCAAACGAGCGCGAUUUGAUCAUGGCCAUGGCGGAUGGAGAGGAAGGCGGCCUCAUGAUGGACUACUUUGACCAAACCUUCCUCAAGAACUGGGCUGGUCCUGAGCAUUGGAAGCUGCGCAGAGUCGUCAGGAGACCGGAGACAUCGGAAGCAGCUCCCAAAGCCAAGCGUGAGAAGAAGGAAGCAUUCAAGAUCGGCUUCCUAACGCCUUCAGAGAAAGAUCCCAAAACUCUCGCGAAGGAGCUGUUCGCGCCUGUCACGCGUGGCGCGGGUAUUACUCUGCCGGGCCCAUCGUCGGGCAAGGGAUCGGGUCGCAAGGGUAGCAAGAGGAAAUCAGCAAAAGACAAGGAGAGGGAACGGCGGAAUGAUCAGACCCUCCCCGACGACAUGCACUUCUCUAGCCGCCAGCUUGUGACACUGUUCCUCAAGCCACAAUUUUCUCUGAAGAUGCGUGGCCGCAAUGUCCAAGGACGGGGCGAUGAAGAGAUCGACGAGAACUUCUGGGCGCAAGCUGCGGCUGAACAGGCGGCUGGACGGGCAGUAGAAGAUGGCGACGACUCCACGCAUGACGGUGGGAUUCCGUUCAACACCCAAUUCUUCCAUGAUGAUUUCGACGAGGCCGGUGGUUUCGACGAUGUCUUCGAUGGCGUUGACGGCGCGAAUGGAGCAAGCAUCGAGCCCGGAGAACAAGAUCUUCUUGCUGCAACUCAGGGCCUGACGCGGCGUGUGCGUCCAGAGUUCGUCAACUAUGCCAAGCGUGCGAAACGAGUGGACGUGCGCAAGCUGAAGGAGAAUAUCUGGAAAGGCUUGGAUAUCGUUGUCCCCAAAGCUGAUGGCGCGAAUGACGAAGACGAUGCUAUGGACGUUGACGACCGUCCCGCCACCGAUCCCACGGAACCUCGCGAGUUCACCUCGGUCAUCUCUGGACUACAGAAGACGUAUCCUAAAGACAAGCUGGAGGAAAUCAGUACUAGCUUCUGUUUCAUCUGUCUUCUGCAUCUCGCGAAUGAGCGUGGCCUCAAGAUCCACUCUGAAGAGGGUGAGGAUGCGGAGGAAGAGCGGAAAGUAGGCCGAAUAUGGGAUCUAAAGGUCUACAGGGAUCCAGAUGCAUGACGCCUCUUUCUUCGGUUUGUUUUGCACGUAUCUCCCACGUAUCUUUUGCCUAUGAGUGCUAUCGCUUCGGUCUUCUUUAUGAUGAUAUCUUAUUGCCAGCCGCUUCAUUACCGGUCCUAUGAUGUCUUUGAGACCUCAACGUUGGU